AUGCUAUCUAGCGCUGUUUGGGUUCCGGCAUUCGUGCUCCAAUACAAUGCGUACAAAUUCUAUGCUAAUGCAUAUUCUAUCUGCCCAUUCAUUUCUGUGGAAAACAAGAGAGAGCGCAAUAAUUCUCUGGUACUUUGCCAACUUAAAAAGACUCCAGAAUUGAAUACUCGUUCAAUCCAUGUAAGCCAAGAGCCUACUCAGCAAAAAUCAGUGGUGGGUGUUUCCUACGAACUCAACUUGGAUCCUGAAUCUAAGGCUCCACUAGUAACAGCCACAACAUCUCGCGAUAAGGACCUGACUUCAGGGAAAUUUGAGUAG